UGAACAUGGCGGCCGCCUGGGGCCUACGCUGGAGCCUGAGCCGAGCUGGAACCUUGUUGCUCCCGCCGCUCGCGCGCUGUGCUCGCCGGACUCUGCACAGACAGGUGAACGGCACCGAGUUCAAGAGCAUCUACAGCCUGGACAAGCUGUACCCCGAAUCCAAGGGCGUGGAUACCGCCUGGAAGGUCCCGGAGCAUGCAGAACAAGCCAGCAGUGACAUCCCUCUAGAUCGGUUGAGCAUAUCUUACUGUCGGAGCAGCGGUCCUGGAGGGCAGAACGUUAACAAAGUGAAUUCCAAGGCCGAAGUAAGGUUUCACUUGGCCAGUGCAGACUGGAUUGCGGAGCCUGUACGCCAGAAGAUUGCCCUCACGCAUAAAAAUAAGAUCAACAAGGCAGGAGAGCUGGUACUUACCUCCGAGAGCAGCCGAUACCAGUUCCGCAAUCUGGCAGAAUGCCUACAGAAAAUUCGAGACAUGAUUGCCAAGGCCAGCCAGGUGCCCAAGGAGCCAUCCAAAGAAGAUGCUCAGCUUCAGAGACUCAGGAUUGAGAAGAUGAACCGAGAAAGGCUACGACAGAAAAGAAUAAACUCGACCAUAAAGACAAGCAGGAGGAUGACUAUGGACUGAAGUCACCCCACCCUGCUGACAAAGGCCAGAGUGUCAGUGCAGCUCAGCAGAGAGCAGACACACCACAGGAACCUUUCCUUGAUUCUUUGGAGUGGUGUCAGAAGGUUCCUUUGGAGGGAAGGCUGCAGGUCAUCCAGGGCAGCUCCCUCCCUCUGUUAUCCACCUCAUGAGUUACUGUGACAAUAAACUUCUAAGCACAGGA